CUGGCGAUCGCGAGCUCGGCAGCAUGGAAGUAACCACGGAUCAGCCGCGUUGGGUCAGUCACCACCACCCGGCCGUUCUCAAUGGACAACACCCGGAUUCCCACCACCCGGGACUGGCUCAUUCCUACAUGGACCACACGCAAUAUCCUCUAGCCGAGGAAGUGGAUGUACUUUUUAACAUCGACGGACAAGGCAACCACGUCCCUUCCUACUACAGCAACUCGGUGAGAGCCACGGUGCAGCGGUACCCGCCGGCCCAUCACGCAGGUAGCCAGGUGUGCCGUCCACCCCUGCUGCACGGUUCGCUCCCUUGGCUGGAUGGGAGCAAAGCCCUGGGAAGCCACCACAGCGCCUCCCCUUGGAACCUGAGCCCCUUCUCCAAAACUCCCAUCCACCACAGCUCGCCCGGACCUCUCUCCGUGUACCCGCCGGCGUCCUCCUCCACUUUGUCUACGGGCCACUCUAGCCCACACCUGUUCACCUUCCCGCCCACCCCUCCCAAAGAUGUCUCCCCGGAUCCCUCCAUCUCCACCCCGGGUUCCACCGGAUCCAGCCGGCAAGAGGAGAAGGAGUGUAUUAAGUACCAGGUGUCUUUGGCCGACACGAUGAAGCUGGAGACCUCUCACUCGCGGACCAGCAUGUCUUCGUUAGGAGCGGCUUCGUCCUCCGCUCACCACCCGAUCACCACCUACCCUUCCUAUGUCCCCGAAUACGGCUCUGGACUCUUCCCCCCUAGCAGCUUGCUAGGGGGAUCGCCGACCGGAUUCGGGUGCAAAUCCAGACCGAAAGCACGUUCCAGCACAGAAGGCAGGGAGUGUGUAAACUGUGGCGCUACCUCAACCCCACUAUGGAGGAGAGAUGGCACGGGGCAUUAUCUCUGUAACGCCUGUGGACUGUAUCAUAAAAUGAAUGGGCAGAACCGCCCCCUGAUAAAGCCCAAGAGAAGGCUGUCUGCCGCAAGGAGGGCAGGGACAUCAUGCGCCAAUUGCCAGACCACCACCACCACCCUCUGGAGGAGGAACGCCAAUGGGGAUCCAGUGUGCAAUGCCUGUGGGCUGUACUACAAGCUCCACAAUAUUAACAGACCCCUGACUAUGAAGAAGGAAGGCAUCCAGACCCGAAACCGAAAGAUGUCGAGCAAGUCUAAAAAGUGCAAGAAAGUCCACGACAGCUUGGAAGACUUCCCCAAGAGCAGCUCCUUCAACCCUGCCGCCCUCUCGAGACACAUGUCGUCCAUCAGCCACAUUUCGCCCUUCACUCACUCCGGGCACAUGCUGUCCACGCCAACUCCGAUGCACCCGCCUUCCAGCCUGUCUUUCGGGCCCCAUCACCCGUCCAGUAUGGUCACUGCCAUGGGCUAGAGCGCCCCCCCCCCCGGGUGUCAGCGCGUGCAUGAGAAACAGACUUCCCUGCCGAAUGCUUUUUUAAGUUCUCAAAAUGAGAGGCACAUUGAUUCUACUUGCAUUGUCGCAGGAGAGAGCUUCCCCCGUUCCAAGCCCCGGACACGCAAACGGAAAAAA